CCGCGCCGCCAGUCUUGCGUGUGGCGGUGGUCGCGGCGGCUGUGGCGGCGAGCGACGCGCGGCCAGUGAUGGUGAGCCCCGCGGCGCUUAGUGAGUGAGUGAGUGAGUGAGCGUCAUGUUGACCGCCCUGCAGGGGGGGCUGUACACCGCCCCCUCACGCCCCUUGCCGCCCAUGGUGGCCCCGGCUGGGGCGGCAGCGCCCGCCCCACGCCCACGCCCGCACCAGCGGCAGUUCUGCGACGCGUGCAACACGGCCUGCGUCUUCAUGAACAGUCGGCGCCGCAAGUUCCAGGCGCGCUACGAGGGCUAUGUGCUGCUCAAGCGGGUCACGGCAGCGGCCUGGCGCCCCAGCCUGCCAUACGUCAUGAUGGGCGCGCCCGCGCCCGCCCACGCUCGCCGCCACUCCUCAGGCGGCGUGCUGGACGAGGAGUCUGAUCCCUGCCCUGCCCCACCCCUUCCUCAGCUGCCCCAGGGGCGCGCCUCUCCCCCCACUGCUUAUGGCAGGUCCUUGUCCCAGGGGGACUGGCGCCCCCCAACGGAGGGAGAGGCCUCGCCCCCUUGGGACAAAGUGGUUAAUUUGGAGGAGGCCGGACCCCUCACGCCCCCUACACCCCCAACACCGCCCACGCCGCCCGCCCAGUCCCCUGCGGAGCCCGCGGGGCGCAAGUCGCGGCGGCACUCCGCCAUGAUGGAGCGGCUGGCGGGCGGCCAUCAGCGGUUGUGCCGGAAGAAGUCCCGUUCGCAGGACAACCUGGGCUCUGCGGGCGGCGGCCACGCGCGCCUCAACAACACUGUCAUCCCGCCGCCCGCUGCCCUCACCUCCGCCCUCUCGCGCUCCGAGGGCAGCAUCCACAACGUGCAUGGUGUUCUGAGCGCCGUGCCCGUGUGCCUGGAUGACGCGGGCGUGGGCGCGGGCGGACUGCGGGCGGAAGUGGGCGAGCUGGCCCGGCUGCCCAAGCGGCUGCUGCACCGCGUGACGGGCGAGGUGGGCCAGCUGGUGUUCGACCUGGAGGGCUGGCGCGAGGAGUACCUGGUGCUCACCCACACCGGCAUCGCCGCCAGAUCGGUUAGUAUUCAGUUUGACGAGGCCGGCAAGAGCGUACUAGCUACUGGCGCCCUUGAGUCACUGGUGCCCUACUCACAAAUCGAGGACGUGCACGUGGUGGUUCCCUGCGGCGCCUCGGGACACAAGUUCUGCGUCAGGGUGGUGGUCAGGGACGGUUCCUUACUUCUGCAGGCAAACAACUCAUACACCAGGGACCAGUGGGUGCAUUCUAUCAUAUGGAAGAAAAACGUUUAUAAAUAUAGGAACGUUCUGAGGACAGCACAGCGACCUGAAGUGUUGCUGAAGGAACUGAAGAACCUGGUGGAGCUUUCCCUGUCCACGCCUCUUCAUGACCCGUCUGUUUGCCGCGUGCCCCUAGAGCUGGCCUCCAACAUUCUGACCACGGGUGAAAAAUGGCUGAGUCGUCAGAUCACCGAGGAAAUCAUUGUGACCCUCGCUCCGUUGCUGGAAAACAACCAACCCUCGCCGGAGAUCUGCCAGUUUUUCAGCCAGCACUGCACCGACAACCCCCGUUCCUGCCUCGUCAUUGACAUGUUUACGCCCAUCGUGAAGCGCAUUCUCAAGCACAAUGUGGUGAGGGGGGUGGGAGUGAUGGGGUCGAUGGGAGCGAUGGGGGCGAGCGAAGAGAGUGUGUGCUGUCAGGACUUUGGCAAGUACCCAUAUGUGAGACGGUUCGUGCAAGAUUACAUUCAGGCACUCAACAGCCAGAAUGAUGGACGCAGGGUGGUACAUGAGUUUGUGGACAGCAUGCAUGGCCCCACCAGCACCUGCCCUCACCUGCGUGUCCUCCCCAACCUUGUGGCCACCUGCACCUCUGCCGUCUGCUUCUUGGUGGCUGAGCAAAAGGACCAGGAACGCCUCAACUCACUGACGCAGAAUUCAGAUGAGAUCACACACCAUCUUCACUGCUACCUGAGUGUGCUGAAUAAGAUCUGUGAGUAUGAUGACUGGAGACCUGGCCUGGCACAACUCCUGCAGCCCAUUCCCUUCCCUGACGUGGCGCUGGCUGACGAGGACUUCAUCAGAGAGAUCCUGCCCAUCAUCGAGAAGAUCGGCACAGACCCACGUUGUGAAGUUCAUCAGAUGGUGCUGGGGACACGGGAGGACAAGGAGGGCUGGUUCAAUGUCCUGUGUCCUUCCUCCCUUGCCUGUGUGGAUGAGGGCAUUGUGUGGGCAUCUAUACUCCAGACUCUGAUCUCCUGCUGCUGCAAGAGAAAGAAGUUCCUGGGGAUGCUGGUGAAGUCCCUCGGCGCCUGCAUGUUGCUGGCACUGCGCGGCAACAACACGGCACAGGAGGUGUUGUGUCUGAUGCUGGAGUGGAAGCUGGUGGAGGGGCCGGACCAGAGCCUGCAGGUGGUUACGACGCUGCAGUCAACACCAUCUGGCAAGCGACACUACCAGGCGCUGUGUGAGAGGCAGAUGCAUCUUAGAGAGCUGCAACAGAAGGGCGGUCCCAGGAAGCUGACACUGCCCAGCCGCAGCACAGACGCCGACGUCAACCGCAUGCUGUCGUCCGGCUCGUUUGGCAACCUAGAGUGCCUGUCACUGGCCUUCACCCGCGUCACCAGUGCCUGUGCUGAGCAACUCAUCAAGCUGCCCACCCUCCGCUACCUCAAUCUCUGGGCCACACAGUUUGGUGACGUUGGCCUCCAGCUGAUAUCCGAACACCUCCACAAGCUGCAGGUCCUUAACUUAUGCGAGACUCCAGUCACUGACAAGGGUCUGGAGGCACUGGCAGCGGUGAAGAGUCUGCGGCGCCUCAACCUGAAUAGCACAAGUCUGUCGGUGCAGACGUUUGAAACGCUGAAGGAGACGCUGCCUGGUCUGCUGGAGGUGGACGUGCGCUACACUGACGCCUGGUGACCCUCGCCCCCAUCUGCUGACCAGCCAGACGUCAGCAGAUCCCCUGGAGGCCCCACAGCAUUCCUUCGCCGCGUGCUGCACCAGCUGGGGCGGCGGCGGCGCGACCGCAAGUCCCAGGAUGGCAGCACGGUGGGCGAGCAGAACAACGUGCGGGCAGAGUGUGCCUGCCUGCCCCGUGCCAGUGGCCUCACUCGCCGCAAUGUGCUGGUGCGCGCCAAGAGUGAGGAACAGACCACUGUGCAACGGCGGCAGCUGGUGCGGGCUGCCAGUGAGGACCACCACGCCCGCUGCCCCGCCCCACCCACACGGCCCCCAUCGCCCCCGCCACCCAGACCAAAGAACCUGCUCACCCGCGCUAAGAGUGAGGAGCAGCAGAGUGCCGCCCGCUGCCACCUGCUGCGCACCAACAGUGACGGCCGCCGCUACAAGGUGAGCAACCUGCUGCGCCAGGAGGCUGCUGCCGCCGCACAGGAGGCCCACCAGCCCGCCCUGGCCUAGUAGGCUGGGCUGGUACCAAGGACCAGGUGCAGGGCCAAGCUGCGGCUCACUGCCACCACCACAUCAGCAAGCACAGACGCAGGUCUUAGUGACCACCACCACCACUCCACCAGCUGUCGUAAAAGUUAUUUAUAGUUGUUAAAACUGAGACUUGAUGAAGAGAAAGACUGACACUGUCCUGCUGUGUAAUGUUGUGGAAAGCUUUAAUUCACAUCAGUGUGUGAGCAAACCAGGCAUUUAUUUCAAAGAUGUGCAUAGAACAAACUUCUGUCACAUCCACUCAUCUGCCGGGCACCAGUGUGGACCAGGCACAGGUGGCAGGAUGAUGGCAUGCCAGAUGCUGAGUGUCAUGAUGGAGGCACAGCAGCAAGAGUGUCUGUCAGUGAGUUGCCAGCCACAGCAACCUGGUGUUCUGUGCCCCGUGUGGAGGCCACCACGGCCAGGAGGCAGCUGGAGCCGGCCGACUUGUCUGCAAGUGUGGGUGUGUUCGCCCAGACACAACCAAAGAGUGUGUGCGUGUGUGUGCGUUGGUCUGCCAUGCAUCUGUAAGUGUGCGUCAACACUUGGCAUUAAUGACGGGCAUAAUUCUGUAUUUAUUUACCUGUGAGUGGGCGGGGUCUGCAGGUGACGGUCGGGACGCCAGGCAACUCACGCCUCACUCGUGUAACUUAUUAACCCACAAUGCUGUUUAAAACUACAACUAAUGCACACUGUUAUUUCCUCCUUGAACACUGAUGCUUCAAGCUGAGAGGGUAAGAAACAGCCACUUACAGGACAGUGGGGCAGUGAGGCAGACUGUCCUUCAGUGGUCUGUCAAAGAUGAACAUGAUCACUUCCCAUUGCUGUCAACUACAUCUUGUUAUUCUUUGUCUCUAUUAUUUGCUUCACUGCUUCACUCUGUUACUUGAAUGAUGUUACAUUUCUUCCCUUUUCUUCAUUACUUUAUUAAUUGGUUACUUUUACUUUCACCAAUCUCUUUUCCUUAUGUUAUUUUACUUUGUUACUUGAGUGUUGUCCCUUUCAUCCAUCUCCUUUCUUUACUUUACAGACAGCAAUCCUUCCUAUUCAGAACAACUCCAAUACAUACAAAGCUACCUUCAUUUUCAACCUCUCAUCAUAAUACAUACAUCAAUAAAUCCAUGAACUAAUCUACUUCCAUUCUUUAUAACGUCUGACAACAUUCUUAUAUUCACAAUUAAGUAUUACCUUCGUUUUCAAACCCAUAACCUUAACACUGAUCACCAGUAAGACAUCAGUGUUGGGAGGAAAUUCAGUGUUCUGGAAGACAAACUAACUUGUUAUGAUCACCAACAGUUCUGAAGGAAAGGAAGUGUAAUGUGUGUGUCAAGUUUUGUGUCUUCAAACUAGCUCAGAUUGAAGUGAAGGAAGAAAAACAUCAAAUUUCCUCACUAGCUUAAUUUGAUAGGAAAAUAUAUCAAAUCUUUUCACUAGUUUGAUUUAAGAGAUAUGAAGGCAGAACGCAUCAAAUCCUCUCACAAGUUUGAUUUGAGUGGAAAAAAUGUUUGAUGAGGAAGGAGACAUCAGACCUACUUGUACUUGUGAUGUUAGCAGUUCAUACCAACACUACUUGUCAAAACGUGUCACCAGCCUGGAGAAAUGUGCAAAAAAAAAGGUAAAAGCAAAGCACUCAUCGUGAAGACCCUCAGAUUUGAAAAGGUUCCACACUUAGACAUUAAAAAAGAAAAGGCACCUAACUUAAAGAAAGAGAAGGAUGGCAAGACGUCAGAUAUGAAAAGGUUCUGAACUUAAGAGAGAAAGAAAAGGAUAGGAAGAAAAUAGUAUUGGAAAAUUUUAGACAUUAUAAAGAAACGUCACCAAACUUAGAGAGAAAGAGAACAAGAAGAAAUAGGAAAAAAGCUUAAAAACAGUCAGUUAUGAGAAAUAAAGAUAUGGAAAGUCAGUUAUGGAAAGUCAGUUAUGGGGAAAAAAGUCUUGUAAAAGUUUACUGCACUAAACAAAAUGGAUAGCAAGAAAACAAAUCUGAGAACAGCUUAUAGUGAGUUAUGGAUAAAAAAGAAAAAAAAAAGGUAUGAAAGGUCUAUUGACAUACCAAACUUAGAAAGACAAGUACGUUAAGAAAGAAAUACAAGAAAACUAAAGAGCAAGCACAGAUCUUAUGAUGAAAUGCAGAAAGGUGUAAGGAAAGUGUACUAAAGUACUUCGUUAAGUGGACAGGUGCAUAAAUAUAUAUAUAAAAAAAAAAAAAAUCAAAGUUAGUCGCAUACUGUAGAGUGUUUAACUUUUUACUACAUCCCAUUGUCAGCUUUCAAGUGCCAUAUUUGUAUAGGGAACCAUAAACACCACCAACUUGUGUGUGUGUGUGUGUGUGUGUGUGUGUGUGUGUGUGUGUGUGUGUGUGUGUGUGUGUGUGUGUGUGUGUGUGUGUGUGUGUGUGUCAUGAGCGAUUUCCCCAAACGCAUCCUAACCUAACCUUAUCAAACGAAGGUCUUUUUGUAACAAGAAAGAAGAAACUCAAUAACAGGUGUGGUGUUUGUGUGCCAUUCUCCCCAAGGUGUUGUGUGGCAUGCAGGUGUGUAUGUGUUCAGGUGUGUCUUGCUCAACAGCCGCAGGGCAGGUGUGGUGAGUGUUUUAGUCAAUGGUGGGCUGGUGAUGUAGGUGUGGUGUGGUGUGGUGAUGUGGACAGUCAGGUGAGGUGUAGUGUGGUGUGUUGUGCUGUGCUGUCAGGUGUGAUGCGAACACUUUCCUAUAAUGAUACUUUAAAAAAAUACUGUUUUCUGGUGUGUUCUGUCUAAUGAUGUGUUGUCAAAUGAACAAAAAUUAAGAAAAAAACAAAAAAUUCAGUGGAGCCUUUCUAGCGUCAGAGUGGCGGCGCGUCGCCUGUCACGUGUCUGUCAUUUGGGCAUUUUUCUAUGGAAAUACUGCAUGUCAUUUAGUCAUUCUUGUUAUUUGUGUGGUACUCUCCAUUACUCUCUAUUCAGUUGUCUUUCAGAGAUAGGCUGAAGCAAGCUUGGCUUAGACCAGGCGACAGGCGGGCUGGGCUAGGGACAGUGGGAGGGAGGGGGGCGCAGGGCGCGCUGUGGCGCUGCGGUCUGUGCCGCAGCAGACUCACGGCUGCGGCACAUUGUGUGGAUUCCAUUUUGUAAAUUCCUGAUGAUAAUUGUGUGGGUGACAACCUACACAUCAGUGUAACCUUAUAUAAAGGUAAGGAAGGUGUACAGUGUAAAACUGCUAUCAUGUUUCUGAUGCCCAGGGAGGCUGCCCCGCCCGCCACACUGCUGUUGCUGCUGCUGCGGCCGUUAACACGUCGUCACGCGGCAGCCAGCAGCACACACCCACCAGUGUUCUCUUGUUCUGUGUGUGCAGAACAAUGCAGAGCACAUUAGACGAAUCAGACCUGUGAUGCCGGUCGUGGCGGCACCCUGCCGCCGCGGCACUGUGCUAUUGUAGCACCGGCACCCUCAGAACACUCUGGCCCUCGUGGCCCUGUGGUCCUGGCCGCAGGUCUGAGCCACUAGCCGGGGCAGAGGCAGUCUCCGUAUACAUAUAUAUAAAUACGUAUAUAAAUAUUAUAUAUAUAUUAAGCCUUAUUAUAAUAUUUAUACAACUUCUACUCUUCUAAGUCUGUACAUGUGUUUGGCGGCGAGGAGCGCCAGGCGGGGGAGGGACGAGGCACUACUGGUGUAGGCCGAAUCAAAACGUUGGGGUUGAAAUCACAGCUGUUUGCCGUCCCCGAGUUGUCUGUGUGUUGCCAUCUGACACUUGCUUUAUGUGAAAGAAAAUUUCCAUGUA